AGUGCUUUGCUGCAGUGUGAACGUCCGAGAUCCGAAGCGAUCAUUACCCGCUGCAAUGAGGCAAAGACACUUCUUGUGCUUCCUGUGGGCCGCGUUAGUGCUGCGGCUAGACAUCCUUGUGGCUGCUGAGGCUGAUCCUGUAAUAUUAAAUGGCGCCGACUUACCUCAUUUUCAACAGGGUCACUUCGUGAAUGAUCCGCGACCUCGUCUCUCGGCUUCCCAGCAAGCCCAGAUACUGAGCGAUGUACAACAACACCAGCAACGGUAUCACCAUUCCAAUCAGGACUCUAAAAACCCGCGAGUAACAUCGUUUCCUUCAUACGAACAAGUAACACCAAAGUACCAGGUACAAUCCAACACUCCAUUCGCUUCUCUGGCCAAGUACAAAGUCGAUCGUGCAAAGCAGCAACAGUUGCAGCAAUUGAUUGAACAGCAACAACAGGUUCAGCAGCUCAUACAACAGCAGCAGAAGAUUGCUCAGCAGCUCGGCACUUCAGAUCUCGGAGUGCAGGCGCCGCAAUUCCAACAGCGGCAAUAUCAGCAGCAGCAACAAUACAGCAACAAUCAGUACAAUCAGAAUGGCUUCCAGAAUCUCCAUCAGGACUUGUCGCAGCCUUUAUUCAGCGAUCAGCAGACGGUGCAGUUGCAGGAGUAUCUCGAGAAGCAGCGCGAAUUAGAGCUACUGCAGAAGCAGCGACAGCAAUUGCUACAUGAGCAACAGGAAGUACGCAGGCAACAGGAAGUGCUACGAUUGCAGCAACUCACUUCCACGGCAUUACCUACCGUACCGUCGACUGCGGCAUCAUCUACACCCAUCGUUAUCAGCACUACUUCCACGCCAUUGUUGCUGUCAUCGCCGACAGCACGACGGAUCACACCAUCGGAAGCAGAGCUUUUCCUCAAAGCAAUCGCUAAUCAUCAGAAAAAAUAUACGACGACAGCAAGAAGCACGACGACUACCACGCCUUCCCCGCCACCACCUCCUCCGUCUAAACGUCCAGUUAUUCACAGAACUCAUCAGGAAACGUCGGAUAUACCGGAGAAUCUGCUAAGUCUGAUCCAAGAUCAGGAGAAUCGAUUACUGCAGCAAGGCAAGGCAAAGCCGCAGAUUAAGGUGAUCUAUCAGACUGAGAAACCCACCACGUCGAGACAGGGUACUAACAGUAAACCUAGAAGCUCGCAACAGAUCGAACGGGAACUGCUGUUGAAGCAACUCAAACUCGCGCUAGCUCAAUCCAGCGAUGACGACAACGUCAGAAACGUCACCACCAGGGAUUUGAUAUUGCCAAACGGGAAGAAGCUGCAAGUUAUCCACGCGCCGAACGGUCUAUCUUCCAUUGUGCCAUCUACUGCCAGCACAGUUUCUACAACGACCAUCAAACCACCAAGGGCCAUCUUCGAGGAGUUGACGAAAGGCGGUGUGCUGCCACCGGGUGCUGAUUUCGAGAUUAUCCGUCAAAAAAGCGAUGGCAGGCUCGAGGAGAUCGGCAAAACGCCGGCCAUCCAGAACCUGCCAGCGAAGAAAGUUACAUUUGUCGUGCUGGAGGAACAGCCGGAUGGCAGUUAUAAGGUUCAAGGAGUUAAGGGCAAUGGGAACGACAGCGGCACCGAUGUCGAAUCCAUCGUUGAAAGGAUAAAGAAAGGCGAGCUGAAACUACCACCUAGCUCACACAGAUCGACUACUCAGCCACUCACCCUCCAGCAUUUUGAGUCUAGCAUUGAUCCAAAUCUGCUGUCCAGCGGCACAUCCAAAACGCCGGUGUCAUCCUUUCACAGCUCGACGGCAACGACUUUCAGACCUACCACCGUCAGAUCUACUUUGAGCAGGCAUAACGAAGGCAAGUCGACGACGGCAGAUUACUCUCCUUAUGUCACGGUUUCACCGAAUUCAGUAUCCACGACCGAUAAAUACGUGACUUCGGCGUCCAGUGUCACUGGCCAUGUGUUUAACACCCUGAACACCAAUCCGACGAAGACGAGCUUAUCGGAUCACAUCCCACGAGUGACCACGAAAUACUCAUCAUCCACGAGAAGUCAAUUUAUUCCGACAAUGGCACCGGUGAACGAGAUCGUAACAACGGCGUCACCGACCUUCUCGCAUCAUACGACGUCCUCCUACGUACACUUUUCCAGGUAUCCCUCGACAGAGGCUUCGUCAACGUUGAAGAUCUCACCGUCCAGCAGCAGCACCUUUCAGUCUAGUUUGCAGAAUGAGAAUACCGUUUACGAAGGUAAUUUCGGAAGGACUACCACAUUAUCUCCAACUGAGGAAGCCGUGAGGACACAAGCGCCGUACGAGAAUCUGUCCAUGUUGCUGAGAAGAGAGGGUCUCUUCGCUAUGGCGAAGUACUUGAGACAAUCCGGAUUGGACAAUGUGUUGAACGAAACUGGUCCAUAUACUAUAUUCGUUCCCACGGACAAGGCUUUCAGGACAUUACUGGUGCAACUGGGAGGACCUGAGAAAGCUGAACAAAAGUUCCAUGAGAAUCCAAGACUUUUAAGCGGACUUCUUCUGCAUCAUGUUAUACCAGGAGCCUUCAGGAUCGAUUCGCUGCAGGACGAGAUGACCGGCGUCAGCCUUGCUGGAACACAGUUGCGAGUAAACGACUACGCGAUGCAGGAUCACGAAUGGAACGAUGUGAAGAUAACGACGAUAAACGGAGCACGUGUCGCACCCAACAAACGUGACAUCGAGAUUCCCCAAGGUAUCGCUCACGCCAUUGAUAGGGUCAUGUUUCCGCUUCCGGUCGGAGAUUUGGUGCAAACGUUACAAGCCGAUCGCGAGAGCAGGUUUACCACGUUCCUUAAAAUGCUCCAUGUAUCAGGCUUAGAGGACACGCUCGCAGGAUCGAAAACGUUUACCAUCUUCGCACCGACCGAUUCCGCUUUCACCGAUGCGUCCGCGAAGCACGGUGCUCCAAUUUGGACCGAAGCGGAUGGUCCGGAUGCAGCCAAGACGAUAAUCUCGCGGCACGUGAUUCCCACGACUCUUUACACAGCGGGAAUGAGAUAUUACAUUCAAAAGGACACUCUUCGUCCGCAAUCACCGGUUCAUAUCCACAAAAACGGCGGUCGAGUGCGUGUAAACGAGGCUCACGUGGUAACGCAUAACGUGCCAGCGACAAAUGGAGUGUUGCAUGCUAUCGACGGUGUAUUGUAAAACGACGGUUCGUGAGCGUAAAUUAAGAAUUGAACUGUAGUACGGACUACAAUCUACGCAGGUGAGAUAUUAUUCAUAAGACAUCAUUAGAUGUAUUAUAAUUUUUCUUGAAAGGUCAGUGAACUCAAUAUACCAAAUGGGCGUAAAUUCCCUGCGUGAGCGCCAUGGAUCGCAAGGUGAAUAAAAUUUGAUCACGUCGAAAUGACCGUAAAUGAGUGUAAUCCUACUCAUCGUAAAAAAAUUCAGUCAUUAACAAAUUAAUACGUUAUGCCAUAAGUGACGCGAAAUCCAAGAAAAACGAAAAGUAACGAAACCACACUUUUUAACUUUUAUAUACGUGUGUGUGUAUACGUUCUAAUUUAUAUAAUAUAAAUAUCUAUAUGUUAUAUAUACAUAUACAUUUGGAGAUUCGUGCGCUCUCGUGUGUGCACAAAAGAGCAUGGAGAGAUUAUAAUCGCUAUUGUAUAGAAUGGUAACGUAAGUACCAUGCUUAGCAUUUUACUCAUAGGUCGUAUCGUUUUAUAAAUAAAUGUACAGAAUU